UUUUCGUGUCCUAAAUUCUCAUCAACCAAGAGUCAAAGCCUGUCGCUUACUUGAAAAUUGAGAUCAUGACUUCCAAAUUUCUUCUUCUGGUUCUUCUUGGUGUUCUUGUUUCCUCCAUCACUGCAAGAAAGCUUGUCGCCUCUGAGGGUUAUUUCAAUGAUGAGAAAACAUUCCAUCAUCCGGGUUUAGGAGGUGGAGGUGGUUUAGGGGGUGGUGGUGGUGGAGGGUUAGGUGGAGGUGCUGGUGCUGGUGCUGGAGGUGGAGCUGGAUUUGGUGGGGGUGCUGGUGCUGGUGCUGGUGCAGGAGGUGGACUUGGUGGAGGUGGUGGAGGAGGAUUCGGCGGAGGUGGAGGUGGAGGAGUAGGGGGUGGUUCUGGUUUUGGAGGAGGAGCUGGUGGUGGUUUCGGAGGUGGCGCUGGAGCUGGUGGUGGUGGUGGUGGAGGCGGUGGAGGAGGAGGUGGAGGUGGAUUGGGUGGGGGAGCUGGUGGUGGAUUUGGUGGAGGAGCUGGUGGUGGAAUUGGGGGCGGUGGAUUUCCUUGAGAUUUCAAUCCCAUUCCAAUCUAUCCGCAAACAACAAUGUUUCACGGCUCAAUAAAAAGAAAUGUCUUGAGUCAUUGAACUACAUAUGUUUGAUUUGUACCAAGAAAAAAAAAAUUAUUCAAAUAAAUUAAUGUAAGCUUUAUGUGACUAUUUGUGGACGUCUAUCCUUUCUCGUGCUUUAUUUCUUCCAUGCAAAUCUAAAAAUAAAAUUGCUGCUCCAGAACAUAUUGUGAU